AUGGGGGCCCUGGAUUUAACCAGAUACUACAUAGCGGCCCUAAUGGGCACUCUUCUAACGACCUUCCACCAUACUACACCACCUCCAUGGCACCAAAUAGAAACAGCACACACCGGCGGGAUAGCGGCAUCAACCCUAGCUUGGAUCCCCAAGCAUAGCCGACCGAAAUACCAGAACAUAUGCCCCACUACCGCAGCAACACUCCUAAUAUGGGAUAGAUACGUUAAAGAACACUACCAUACCACCUAUAUUUCCCCGGCACUACAAAUCCAAGCGCUUCAUGUCCUCAUUCCUGGAUUUGACUAUAGCAUAUGGUACAAUAGCGGAAUUACCUGUUUAUCCCAGAUAAUGUCAAAAGGCCGCUUACUGGACUAUGACUCGAUAUCCAAAACGUUUAAUCUACCUUCCAAAGCAUAUUUUACUUACCUACAAUUACGCUCCUGGGUGAAAAAACACAUAGGUGGGGAUAGCAGACACCAACAAGACAACAACCUGACCGAGAUAGAAAAAAUCUGCAUGGCCAAAAAACCACCACAAAAACUACUAUCUCUCUUAUAUAAACUAUCGGGAACUCAAGUCCCUCCAAAGGCUUUAAAAUUCAUAAAAGCCUGGGAGAAAGAGCUAGACCUAGACAUACCCAAUGAAAUCUGGUCCAAAGUAUUGGCUGCCCAUAAACACCUAACACUGAACACGACACACAUUGAGACUAGCAGAAAGGUGUUAUACCGUUG